AUGAAUGCCAUUGUGGCGCUCUGUCACUUCUGUGAGCUGCACGGUCCCCGCACUCUUUUUUGUACAGAAGUCCUACAUGCCCCACUCCCCCAAGGGGCUGAAAGCAGGGACAGCCCUGGCCAAUGCGAGCAGGCUGAGGAGGAGGAAGGCGGUAUUCAGAUGAACAGUCGUAUCUGCUCCCACAGCCCAGCAGAAGGGGCCAGUGCAGAAGCCAGUAGCCCAGGGCCCAAAAAGUCUGAUAUGUGUGAGGGCUGCCGAUCCCUUGCUGUGGGACAUCCAGGUUACAUCAGCCACGACAAGGAGACCUCCAUUAAAUAUGUCAGCCAUCAGCACCCCAACCACCCGCAGCUCUUCAGCAUUGUCCGCCAGGCCUGUGUCCGGAGCCUGAGCUGUGAGGUCUGCCCUGGCCGUGAAGGCCCCAUCUUCUUUGGGGACGAGCAGCAUGGUUUUGUUUUCAGCCACACCUUCUUUAUCAAAGAUAGCCUGGCCAGGGGUUUCCAGCGCUGGUAUAGCAUCAUUGCUAUCAUGAUGGAUCGCAUCUAUCUCAUCAACUCCUGGCCCUUCCUGCUGGGGAAGAUCCGCGGGAUCAUUGAUGAACUCCAGGGCAAGGCCCUCAAGGUGUUUGAGGCCGAGCAGUUUGGAUGCCCACAGCGUGCCCAGAGGAUGAACACUGCGUUUACACCGUUCCUGCACCAGCGGAAUGGCAAUGCAGCCCGUUCGCUGACAUCUUUGACCAGUGAUGACAAUCUGUGGGCAUGUCUUCACACCUCCUUUGCUUGGCUCUUGAAAGCAUGUGGCAGCCGGCUGACCGAGAAACUGCUGGAGGGAGCACCGACUGAGGACACGCUGGUCCAGAUGGAGAAGCUUGCUGAUUUAGAAGAGGAAUCAGAAAGCUGGGACAACUCUGAGACUGAAGAGAAGACUCCUGUGUUUCCUGAAGGUGCAGAAGGGCGGGAGCUGAUCAAAUGCCCAACAGACUUGUCCUCACUCUCAGGUUGUGGAAGUUGGCAGUCCCGGAAGCUGUCAGUCUUUAAGUCCCUUCGUCACAUGAGACAGGUCUUGGGUGCCCCGUCUUUCCACAUGUUGGCCUGGCAUGUUCUCAUGGGGAACCAGGUUAUCUGGAAGAGUAGAGAUGUGGACCUUGUUCAGUCAGCUUUUGAAAUUCUUCGGACCAUGCUACCUGUGGGCUGUGUCCGCAUCAUCCCUUACAGCAACCAGUAUGAGGAAGCGUAUCGGUGCAACUUCCUGGGGCUCAGCCCACUGGUACAGAUCCCCUCCCAUGUGCUGUCUUCAGAAUUUGCUGUCAUUGUGGAGGUUCACACGGUCCCCCGCUCCAGUCUUUACCCGACGGGGCCUGAGGAUGACCAGUCUCUCAGCAAGUAUGAAUUUGUGGUAACCAGCGGAAGUCCGGUGUCUGCAGACCGAGUUGGCCCUACCAUCCUGAAUAAGAUUGAAGCUGCUCUGACCAAUCAAAAUCUUUCUGUAGAUGUGGUUGACCAAUGCCUCGUCUGUCUCAAGGAAGAGUGGAUGAACAAAGUGAAGGUCCUUUUUAAAUUCACCAAGGUGGACAGUCGCCCAAAAGAGGACACGCAGAAACUCCUGAGUAUUCUUGGGGCAUCAGAGGAAGACAACGUGAAGCUGCUGAAGUUUUGGAUGACAGGCUUGAGUAAAACUUAUAAGUCACAUCUCAUGUCCACAGUCCGGAGCCCUGCGGCCUCAGAGUGUCGUAAUUGA